CCUGGCCAGCAGCGCCGCGGGAUACGCCGCUCCUCCCCGCGGGCUUGCAGAGUGGUGCGGCCCCGUUGCCAUGGCGGCUGUGGCGUCGGAAGGGCGGGGGGAGCAUGGCCGCGCUGGUUCGGCUGGAGGCGAGGCUCUCGCGGCUGCGAGAGGAGUAUUUCCUCAAGAACAGAUCUGUGGAUGAAGACAGAAAAACAGUGUACAAAGCUGCUGUCAAAAUUCAGAGCUGGUUUCGAGGAUGCAGAGUCCGAGCCUAUCUGAGAUAUCUGACCAAAAUGGCGAUUUCUAUACAGAAAUGGUGGAGAGGUUAUCAAAGCAGAAGAUACUUCAGAAAAAUGAUUAAGACAGCAUAUUUUAUUAUGAAGAUGAAUUUCUACAAUGAAAUGGCUGUCAGGAUUCAGAAGAGAUGGAGAGGGUAUUAUGUCCGAAAAUAUACCCAUAAUUACUAUGCACUGAAGAAGUACCUGGGAGCCAUUUCUCUGAAUAAUGAGAUUGUCAGGAAUGAACUCCAAGAGUAUGCAGAAAUGAAUGAAAAGGAAAAGAAGAAGAAAGACCUAGAAAAGAAAGAAAAGGAAAAGAAAUACAAAGCCCGAAAGAUGCAUUACCUCCUUAGCACUGAGCAGAUUGCAGGCAUAUACAAUUCACCAUUCAGAAAAUCCCCAGAUCCGAUGGAACUACUGCUCCGGCAGUCAAAGCCAUUGAGCCACAAGCAGCAGCGAGUGAAGAGUCCCUUCACAUAUGAUCUCUAUGACUGGCCAACUUGUAAAAGACCUCCAACUUUCCCCACAGGAGAGGCCCUGCCGCCCAUUGGCAGACAGAAACCUCAGGGGCCUUUCCGUGAUACCGCUGAAGUAUUGCGGCAACGCUACAAGCCUUUGGAACCAACACUGCGAGUGGCAGCAUCAAUCAGUUCACCACUAGAGAAGGCCAGAGAGGAAAUGAAAAGGGAGGAAUGGAGAAAAUGUAUACAUGACAAUGAAUUUUUGCCAUUUUCUUCAUAUCAUAAAAAUGAGAAGUAUGACCUGUCAAUUCAUGCAUCAGAAAAAAUUGGCAAAGAAACUUACGGAAUUAAGCAUUUCCGAGAAGUACAGCCUAAAAAGUGGAUAGCAGGCAAGGACUUUCAAACUGUGUUACCAUCGAUUGUUCUCUUCGAGAAAUUUGGAAAAACUUACUCAAAAGCUGGACAAAUAGUGUAAUCAUUCUGUAAACUAUGCAAUGUAAGACACUUGAUAAGUAAUCAAUAAAUGUAAUACAGCAAAUGCACAGCAGUAUGUUGACUGAAUGUCCCAUAAAUUACCUUUUUGUUAUGUAUACUAUGUCUCAAAUACUGUUAAUUGAUUUUGCUUGAUAUUUAAGCAAUACAGCUUUCAACAUUAAUCAAAGGUGGGGGUUUUUUUGUGCGAGCUUUUGAAAAAGAAGUCAGUAUUAUCUUAGGAAAAUUGAAUGACACUUAGAAACUAUUUCUGAACAUGCUUUUAUUUAAAUGCAAAUUAUUUAUAAUACAAAACUAGAGAAAUCAAGUAAAAGAUUCCAAAACACACUUAUUAGGGGUUUGCAAGUGAAGCUAGCUCUAAAAAAGUGAAAAAUUAAGAAAAGUUAAAAUAAAAAAAAGUUAAGACUAUUUUUUUUUCUUUCAACUACAGAUUUACUCGUUUCAUCAUUGUUCUUCAUCAUUUUCUCUAUUAAUCUACAUCCUUUUUGAAAUCCAUCUUUUCAGAGGGACAGUGGAAUUAGGUAGGCUGUUUAAAUAUAAGAUGCUAUUUUAAAAUAUUUUAAGUCCUCUGUGGGUGAUAUAACUUUACUGUUGAAUAAUGAAAGUUCUGUCAGCUCCAAAUAUACCUUAUUCUUAAAUCACUUUUUCUAUAUCUACUUAAUUUUCUUUGUCAAUGUCCUGUGUUAAGCAGCAUUUUACAUAGUAACGUAUUUGUGUGAUGUCUAUCAAAGAACAUAUGUGAUCUCAAAACUGGAAUUAGACUGCUGUGUUUUCUAGCAUGCAAUUCAACUGCAAAAAGUUGAAUAUCUUCAAAGCUCAUUAAUUUCUAAAGACUCCAAGAAGUUCAGCAUUUUGUCAAGACCAGAUCAUAAAUUCAAAGUGCACAAGUGAGUUUUUACAGGAGUUUUCAGUUACCACACUCUCUCUUCAGUUCAUUUGAAUGUGUUUGAAUCAAGUAGUAUUUUAUCAGAUACUAUUUGAUUAUAGUGUUUGAAUCAGAUAUUCAGUGAUAGGCUUUUUAUUACUGAAUUUUGUUUUAUUAUUUUCUUGUCCUCUCCAAGUGUUCAGGAAAACUCUAUAGGAUGUAGAUUUAUGUAAACAUGUCCGAGCACUUUCUGAACUAGGAUUCACAAAUUUCACUUCCAUAAGAUUUCAGCUGUUUGCCACUGUGGAAAAGUUCUAGAGCUACGCAAGAGUGAAAGCUCUUUCAGUUCCACUGCAGUAGGUUAUGAGUUUCAGUAUUGGCUGUAGUGUUGCUACUUUUUGGAAUUUGUGAUUUUCAAGGUUUGAAAAGUUUCUUGUUCUACAUGGAAAUGUGAAAUUCAUUCUGAAAAGUGAGAAGGAGACACCUCAGUGGGUGAGUCUCCCCAUUAAGAUUUAAUCUCAUCAAAUGUAUUCAGAGUGCUUUAGUCGUUUAUAGAGGGGAUUGAGCAUGAUACAUUUUUGCAAAACUGUUGAUAAAUAAAGAUGCCACAGUAAUUUUUA